UAGAUCGAAUGUUUGGCUGCCUGUCAAACGAAACCAUCGAAACGAAGGGUGUCAAAAAAAGGUCUUGUAUAUUUUCUUUUCCUCUUGGCACCGCAGAAUUUCGACCAGCCAUGAAGCAACCGAAAUUCAUCGCUUUUGGCUGGUUUUGUUCGUUGUUCGGCCUACUGGUCGCUUUCCCGGAGCAGGGAAAGUGGGACUUCCAGUUAAGUUCGGAAGUACCAUACAUGCCUAUUCCAAAAUCGGUCUAUGAAGGAUUUAAAAUCUACACUCAGAUCACCUGUGAACCGUACGAGCAGUCGAAGGAAUCGGUGAAGCUGAAAAUAUCCUGGACGCUAAUAGAGUACAAAUGCUGGGAGGAAUAUGUCAGAAUGUCGUACAACACACAGUACGAAGCAUUCUUCAUGACACCGAACCAGUCGAAGGUGAUGUCCGACCCGGUUAUGGAAAAUUGCACCCGCGGAGGGCACAUUGUGCUGGAAGAGUUGAAACUUAAGGAACCGGGUGAAACGCUGGUCAGCAAAUCUCGGCGCGAUGCUGCGAAGAAUGAACCGCAGUCUAUUUUCACAAUCACAAAAGAUGGACUGUAUAUUUUUAUACUGAGGAUUGAUUCAGCAGACAAUUUCGUAGCCAAUGUGCAUGUGGAAAUGAAAAGCGCUCAAGGGUAUCUGUCAGCAGUCGAUUGGCCAUUGCUUCCGUUCUAUGGCGCGAUGUGUUUGGUCUACGUUGUUUUGGGCAUCAUCUGGCUGACCGUUUCGUUCCUCCAGUGGCGCGAUCUUCUUCGCAUUCAGUUCUGGAUUGGUGGCGUCAUCCUGCUGGGCAUGUUGGAGAAAGCCAUGUUCUACGGCGAGUACCAGAGCAUCAACUCGACGGGGGUGUCAGUAAAAGGAAUGGUCCUCCUGGCGGAAUGGGUUUCCUGCGGUAAACGAACGCUGGCUCGGAUGUUGGUGAUCAUCGUAUCGCUGGGAUUCGGUAUUGUGAAACCUAGAUUGGGACCAAUGCUGCAUCGUGUGGUGGGAACUGGAGCAUUAUACCUGGUUCUGGCAUGUGUCGAAAGCUUCCUGCGAAUAAUGCACACCAAAAAUGAUCAAUUACUGGUGGCCAGUAUUCCUCUAGCGGUGCUUGAUUCAGCUAUCUGUUGGUGGAUUUUCACAUCACUCGUACAAACGACAAGGACACUACGAUUGCGAAGAAACAUGGUCAAAUUAUCGCUUUAUCGGCAUUUCACCAACACGCUUAUUUUCGCGGUGCUAGCUUCCGUAGUAUUUAUGCUCUACUCAAUCAAAACACACCGAUUUGCGGAGUGUCUCACUGACUGGAAGGAACUUUGGGUAGACGAUGCUUUCUGGCAUGUUCUGUUCUCCACGCUAUUGUUGGUGAUCAUGAUUCUUUGGCGCCCGACGAACAACAAUCAGCGAUAUGCUUUUACUCCUCUUUUGGAUAACCCGGAAGAUGAAGAUGAUGACGAGGAAGAGCAGUUUGUGUCGGACGCCUACGGAGUGAAGAUGCGUGGGGCGCGGAGCUCGUCUCCGAGGCCAAACGCAAAGAGUCCGACCACAGACGAGGACGACCUGAAGUGGGUAGAAGACAAUAUCCCUGCGGCGAUUGCUGACGCGGCGCUUCCAGUGCUGGAUUCCGACGAAGAGAUCGUCAACACCAAGUUUGAGGUAUCGAAGAUGCAGUAGAGCUGCCUGCUCUGGAACUGCUUGGAUCAAAUCAAAAAGAGAUAAUGAACUGAUAGUAGUUUGAGCGAUCGUUUUCAUGUCUGAUUCCGAGAAAUGGAAAUGCACUAGUCAGUGGACGGGGUUCCAUGUUUGGUUUCAAAAGUUGGCAUGUUUUUAUUUCCUGUGAAACUUUUUUAAUUCCUCGGAUCGGAAAACAAUCCGCUCGAGUAGUUCAUUUAAAUAGCUGUGAAUGAUGUUCGCCCCUCCUGAGGUGAAUAGAAGUAAGCCAGAUCGAUAGUGCAAAAUUGGAGAAACUAUAAGAAUUCAUAAUUAUGACAUUGAGUUAUGCAGACCGUGGAUGUAGAGGACUCCAUUUAUUUAAUUUAGAGUAAGAGUGACACUUGAUCGGAAUUAAACAUAUUUAGUUGGAAGUGUUCAAGGCCUCGACAGUUGGCAGUUGUUCGACUGCUAGCGCCUAGCUUACGCAAAAUGUUCCGUCUUACAUAAUUUAGUUGUAGAAUUUCUUACAGUUUUAUUCAUAAAGCAUUACCCGAUCGAUAGGAAUAAUAAUUCCAUUGGGAAACCAACAGUAGAAGCCUAAUUAGUUCACAAUUGAAAAAUUCCUAUGCAACAAAAGGAAAUCAGUGAGAAAGAAAUAGAACUAUUGAAUAUUACGUAGAUCUAACGUAUAGCAACUUGCAACUAAGAGGAUUAAGUAAAAAUAGCGUCACUUUUGUAAAUAGGAAUAGAUAUAUUCUUCUUUUUUCAGUACUCUGGAAGCAGUAUGGUAAUCCUUUCAAGAAUUAAACUGAGGACUGUAAUAGGACCUAUUUAAACUAUGAUAAUAAAUAUAAAAUACUUACAAAUCAA